UAUAAAAAUGACGUAGAAUCUCUCUCUCCCCUCCCUCCGGUUAUGAUCUCUUCCUUUCUCUUCAUUGCAUUCAAUACCAAUCCCAUUUUCUCAUUUCUCAGUCUCUAAUUUCCAUACAAAAGGUAUAAAAAUUGUACCUUUUUGCAAUUUUUUAUCCAUUUCUUUUUGCCUUCGUUUUUUCGGGAUCGCGAAAGUUGAAGAUCGGAUCGAGAGUUUCUCGAACUCGAACCCUAGGCCUCCACUCUCUCCGAUAAACCGAAGAUGUUGUGAGUGUUGCGGAGAGAGUCGUCUGAAGUAGGUUUUUGCGAGCACAGUCGAAUAAGUUGAAGUGUCGAAGAAGAGGAAAAUGUCGUCGUCAAACUCUCCGUGUGCGGCGUGCAAGUGUCUCCGACGAAAGUGCACGCAGGAGUGUGUUUUUGCACCAUAUUUUCCGCCGGAUAACCCUCAGAAAUUCACCAACGUACAUAAAGUCUUCGGAGCCAGCAACGUGGCCAAGCUUCUCAACGAACUUAAUGCCAGCCAGCGUGAAGACGCCGUGAAUUCCUUAGCGUAUGAGGCGGAGUACCGCCUCCGGGACCCCGUGUACGGCUGUGUUGGCCUUAUUUCCAUUCUCCAACACAAGCUGAAGCAAGUCCAGCAUGAUUUGGAUAACGCCAAAAAGGAAUUGGCUACUUAUAUAGGGCCCUCUGCCAUGUUGCCCAUAUUGAAUCACCCGGGCUUCAUGCAGCAGCAUCCCAAUUAUGCUCCCUCGGCUUAUCAAGUGAUGCCUUACAAUGUGCAGCCGAUGAUGGGGUUGCCUACGGGGGUCCCCCACGGGGCGCAGCUCAUGAUCCGGGAGCCUCAGCAGCAACAACAACAGCAACAGUUUCUGGAGGCACAGCGCCACAGGAUUCAAUCAGAUACCGGCGGCUGCAGGCGCUGCCAUGCAGCCUUCUUUGGCCUUGGGCAGUUCAUACGAAACCCUUCCGUACCAUCAUAUUCAACAGCAUGGAAAUGUGCAGGAGCAUUCACAAACUCAAUCUCAUACGCAUUCUCAUCAUCCGCACGGGCACCAGCUUCCGCUUCAGCCUCACGAGCUUCUGCUGCAGCAGCAGCAGCAGCAACAGAAUGUUUCAACUCACCAUCAGCAGCAGCAGCAGCAGCAGACGCAGCAGCAAUUAGGUCAACCGCAGCCCUCACACUCACAACAGCAGCCUCCGAGAGCUAAGAGCGAGGAGGGCAGAAGCAUUGGUCCGUCGUGUUAAUUUAGCAUUUUUGUCAAAAACUUCAAAAGCUCACCUGCCCUCUGAGCUUUA